GUGAGAGUGUAAGGGAAAAUCAGUAAGUUCGUGUUUUGUUCAAUGGACGCGAAGAAAGGUGUUGAAAAUAGUUGUUAAUCGUGAUCGUUUUCAAAAAACUUGAUAGAUUUAUUCGAAAUUAUUCUGGAUCUGUUUCUUAAUGUAGUGUGCAUGUAAAGUAACUGGAAAAUAGUUAAGUUUCUUUCCGUCGAGCUGCUACUACCGAAGCCAUGGAGGAAGAUACUGAAUACAAGAAGCUACCAAUCGACGAACGAUGCGUGCAUAAGUUGUGGAAGGCUCGUGUAGAUGGGUAUGAGGAGGCAGUGAAAUUAUUUCGUACGAUUGACGAUGAAAAGUCACCGGAAUGGAACAAAUACUUAGGACUCAUAAAAAAGUUUGUCAUCGACAGUAAUGCAGUUGCACAAGAAAAAGGUCUGGAAGCGGCGCUGGUAUUUGUUGAGAACAGUGGGAAUGCAGGUAAAACAGUCGGUGAAGUUAUGGGAGGAAUAAUUACAAAAUGCAUUGGGGCUCCAAAGGUCAAAACCAAGGAUUUAGCUGUUCAAAUUACGUUAAUGUAUAUAGAGAUCGAAAAACACGAAAUUGUGUUGGAAGAACUGUUGAAAGGCACAGAACAGAAGAAUCCUAAAAUUGUUGCUUCAUGUGUGGUAACAAUUACGCAGGCUCUUAGAGAGUUUGGUAGCAAGGUAAUCAGUAUAAAGCCAAUUGUGAAAAAACUACCAGCUCUUUUAAGUGACCGCGACAAGUCAGUACGUGAUGAAUCAAAGUCGUUAAGUAUUGAAAUCUAUCGUUGGAUUGGUGCCGCAUUCAAAUCACAGAUUGCCUCUCUCCCGGCUGUCUUAUUGUCCGAACUAGAAGCGGAGUUUGAAAAAGUCGGCAAUAGCAAAGCAAUUCCAACGCGAUACUUGCGUUCACAGCAGGAAAAACAAAUGUUAGCUACGGUUGCUAGUAGCGGUGAUGUGGAAGACGGAGCAAUAGACGAAGAGGUAGAUGAAGCGGAGGAGAUCGAUCCAAUGGAUUUGAUUGAUCCGGUCGACAUAUUAUCUAAACUCCCGAAAGAUUUUUAUGAUAAGUUGGAAGCAAAAAAAUGGCAAGAAAGGAAGGAGUCUCUGGAAUCGUUGGAGAUUUUGCUACAGAAUCCAAAACUUCAACCAGGAGAUUAUGGUGAUGUUGUCCGGGCUCUUAAAAAGGUUAUUUCUAAAGACACCAAUGUAGUUCUUGUUGCACUUGGUGGAAAAUGUUUGGCAUUGCUUGCCAAAGGAUUGGCAAAAAAAUUUAAUCCAUACGCUGGGGCAUGUAUUCCAGCUAUAUUGGAGAAAUUUAAGGAAAAGAAGACUAACGUCGUCACUGUUCUAAGAGACGCUAUAGAUGCAAUUUAUCCAUCCACAACAUUGGAGGCGAUCCAGGAGGACAUCUUAGAAGCACUGGGAAAUAAAAAUCCAAGUGUAAAAAUGGAAACAGCUUCAUUUUUGUCUCGAGCUUUUACCAAGACUUUACCAACACUAAUAAACAAAAAACUUUUGAAAGCGAUUGUAACGACUCUUCUUAAAACUUUGAAUGAAUCAGACCCGGCAGUUCGUGACGCAUCAGCUGAAGCACUUGGGACUGCAAUGAAGCUAGUUGGUGAAAAGGCCAUUGGUCCAUUCCUUACGGAAGUUGAUGCAUUGAAACUCGCCAAAAUUAAGGACUGUUGUGAUAAAGCAGUCAUUACGAUUAAAAUUCCAGGUCCAAGAAAAGAACGACCAGCUACAGCUCCUGCGAAGAGCUCUGCCGCGCCCAUAGUUACUACGGGAGCUGUGAAGAAAGGUGGUUUUACUGAACCAAAACCAGUAACCAGACCAGCAACGGCUGGGGUUAAGAAAUCUGUAGGGCUAAAAAAAAUACCUGGUUCUUCUAAUGCUAGUGGAGGAAUGAGUUUAUCAAAAUCGUCAAGUGCGUCAAAGGUUCUUCCAACAGAGCGUGAUAUGUCACAAGAAGAAAUUGACGAAAAAGUGACAGAUAUUUUGCCUCCAGAUGUUGUUCAAGGGUUGAGUGAUUCAAACUGGAAAACACGCUUAGCGGCAGUCGAAACUCUGUCGGGUGUAAUAUCUGAUUUCGAUUCCAAUUGUUCUCACUCACAGGUGAUCCUUCGAUUCCUUGCGAAAAAACCAGGAUUGAAAGAUACAAAUUUUCAAGUGCUGAAAAUAAAACUAGAAUGUGUACGGGCGACAAUUGAGCGGCUUGGUAUUACGGCUACGACUGCGAAUUAUAUAAUAAAUGACAUAACAGAGAAGUUGGGUGAUGUGAAAAAUAAUGGACCUGCUGGACAGGCGUUAACCGCAAUCGCGGAUUCAAUGAAGCUAGAGUAUGCGGUUUCCAAAGUAAUGGAAUUUGCUUUUGAGCAGAAAUCACCAAAAGUCCAACAAGAAGCGCUUACAUGGGUUAACAACGCCAUUAAAGAAUUCGGAUUCCAGGUCAAUCCAAAAUUGUUACUGGAUGAUUCUAAAAAAGCUGUACAAAGCAUAAACCCAGCAGUACGAGCAGCAGGAAUUUCCUUGCUUGGUACCAUGUAUUUGUAUAUGGGUAAUGCAUUAGUUAUGUUUUUCGAAAAUGAGAAACCAGCUUUGAAACAGCAAAUUCAGGCUGAAUUUGAAAAAUGUGCUGGACAGAAACCUCCCGCUCCUACUAGAGGGCUGUCAAAAUGCUCCAGUAAAGCAUCAAUGGAUGAUAACCUCAACGAGAAUGGCGAAACAGAAGAACAACCAGUUGUCAACAUGACUGAUUUGUUUCCUCGAGUUGACAUUUCGUCACAAAUAACCGAAUCUCUUCUCGGAGAAAUAUCAGACAAAAACUGGAAGACUAGAAAUGAGGGAUUGGAAAAACUAAGAACAAUCAUCGGUGAAGCUAAAUUGAUUAAAUCAAAUCUUGGAGAUUUACCACAAGUAUUAGCUCAAAGAUUGGUGGACAGUAAUGCAAAGAUUGCCCAAACUUCUGUGGAAAUAUGUGAUCAGAUUGCAAUUGCUAUGGGACCGUCAUGUAAACAGUACGUGCGCGUAUUUUUUCCAGGUUUUUUGAAGGGUUUAGGUGAUGGAAAAGCGUUUAUUAGAAGUGCAUCAAUUUCGUGUAUUAAUACGUGGGGAGAUCAAGCUGGAUAUAAAGAAUUUUUUGAAAGUGAGAUGAUCGCAGAUGCUCUGAAAACUGGUAGUCCGGCCUUGAAGACAGAAGUUUGGGGUUGGUUAGCGGAAAAAUUACCACCCCUACCGACAAAGAGCAUUCAAAAAGAUGAAUUGAUCGCCAUCUUGCCACAUUUGUACGCUAACAUAUGUGAUAGAAAUGCGGAUGUUCGAAAAAACGCCAACGAAGCAGUUUUAGGAAUAAUGAUUCAUUUGGGUUACGAUGCGAUGAUGAAGGCAUUGGAUAAGCAGAAGCCAACUUCAAAAAAAGACAUUCAAGCCGCCUUGGAUAAAGCAAGGCCAAAUUUGCCAGUAAAACCUCUACCGAAAAAUAAACAACAAGCACCGAUUAUUGAAGAAACAAAGGUUGUGCGACCAGGUACGGCCAAACUUUUGCCGAAAACAGUAGGACUGGCUCCUAAAGCAAACGCCACUACGACUUCCCGCAAGAAGGAAGAAGAGAUAGAUACUUCACCGUUACUAGCUAUCAACAAUAUGAAAAGUCAGCGUUUGCUGGAUGAACAGAAGCUUAAAGUUCUCAAGUGGACAUUUACCACACCGAGGGAAGAGUUUACAGAUCUUUUAAAGGAACAAAUGACAGCCGCUAAUGUUAAUAGAGGACUGAUUGCGAAUAUGUUUCAUGAAGAUUUCCGGUAUCAUUUGAAAGUGAUCGAAGCGUUGAUAGAUGAUUUACCUAAGAAUGACAAAGGCCUGAUUUGUAAUUUGGAUCUGAUAAUGAAGUGGCUCUCUCUUAGGUUCUAUGAUACCAAUCCUUCCGUGUUGCUCAAGGGAUUGGAUUAUUUGAACCUGGUAUUUCAAAUGUUGAUCGAGAAGCAGUAUGUAUUGGCAGAGAAUGAAGGUAGCUCGUUCGUUCCGCAUCUGCUCACAAAAAUAGGAGAUCCAAAAGAUGUUGUGCGUAAUGGCGUUCGCACAUUGUUACGGCAAAUUUGUUUGGUUUAUCCAUUUGCGAAAGUGUUCGUUUUUGUCAUGGAUGCAUUGAAAUCAAAAAACGCUCGACAACGAGCCGAGUGUUUGGAUGAACUAGGAUACCUCAUAGAAACAUAUGGGUUAACCGUUUGUCAACCUACGCAACAGGCCGCACUAAAAGAAAUUGCCAAGCAUAUUUCGGACCGAGAUAACUCCGUUCGUAAUGCUGCUCUCAAUGCAGUUGUGCAAGCGUAUUUCCUUGCCGGAGAGAAAGUGUAUAAACUUAUCGGUCAGCUGUCGGAAAAAGAUCUAUCGAUGUUGGAUGAGCGCAUUAAGCGGUCGAAAAAAACCGUCAUCAAGAAACCGAGUAGUUCCAUCGAAAUAGUGAAGGUACCAUCCGCUAUUGAAAUGAAUUUAAAAAACGAAACUAAUGAGGAGGACGAAGAAGAGGAAGAUGUUGUUCCAGCAGUCGAACAGCAUACGGAAGCGAUACCUGCACGUAAACAUAGAACGAUUGUUUUUAACAAUAGUAUCAAACACAAUGAUAGAGCCACUGAUAUAUCUAACGGAGAUAUAAUGGAAUAUUUUGAAGAUUCUGAAAAUGCACAUAAAAAACCGCGUGAGGAGCAGUUUGCCCAGGAAGAACCAAAACCACCCGAAGUGUGUCCACCUAAAGUCAGCGGUCCGUUUAAACUGGACGAAAAUGUGAUCGCCGAGAUUGAAUGCAACUGGGUCAAGGCCGAGCAUCAUCGCAAACUGGAUUUGCCGACGAUUGAUGUUUCGUUCAUAUACGACUCGAUCAAGGUAAUUCCAGUUCGGGGUGUGGCAUACCCAGAGGAGAAGUUUCAGCAACUGCUGGCACGAACAUUGCAUCGGCCAAUUAGUGCCCAUUCACGCGAAUAUGCGAUGAGUCCACCAUCGCAUCUGCGUUCGCCGGCCUACGGCGGAGCGGUCAAGCCAAAACCAACUGCAAAUUUAGCCGAUGCAUUACCCAAACUAGAUCCAAAUUUACUGCGCAUCAUUCGUGGUAUCGGUAGUGCUGAUGCUUACACCGCACAUGCCGCCAUAAACGAGUUAUCGGACAUACUGGAAUCACAAGAGAAACAAGCUGUUUUAAGGGAUUACGAAGAGAUCUAUAUACAAAGUAUAUUGCAGCAAUUCAAGUAUUUGCAGCAAAAACCGCUAUCCGAUUCUUUGACUAUGUAUCAGCCAUUGUUACACAGUAUAUACUCCUUCUUUGCUUCGAAAACCCUCGGUAAAAAUCUUUCGGUCAACACUAUCAAAAGUAUUAUAGCAGUACUUUUGGGACUGAUGGCGGACAACAAACUUGGUGGUAGCACGGAUGAUGCACAAUUCACCAAAGUCGUGAACGGCAUUUGUUUGAAAAUUUUAGAUCGGACAAAUUUCACAAAUUUGAACUGUGCACUUAUUCGAUUAUUGAAAGAAUCCUGUCAAACCAGUUGUUUGCCUAAGUUUACUGAUCUGCUGAUGAAAUGUAUCUGGAGAAAUGUAAAGGUUAUUCCUGAUAGACUUCAGGAUCUGGAGUAUGAUGCCGUGUUACUGGAAGUUCACGAAUUCAUGCUUGCGUUACCGAGUGUAUGGUGGCAGCAACGCCCGUCAGAUACACCUCUUAGAACCAUCAAAACAAUUAUACACAACAUGACAAAAAUUAAAGGAAAUUCUAUUCUGCAGCACUUAAAUAAGAUCCCCAGUCAUUCGGAACUUAAUACCUACAUUCUGCGAAUACUGAAAAAUCUGAAUAAGGAAUCUUCAUCUAAUGCCGCAAAUCAACACGCAUCAGCGAUUGUCAAUUCGAAUAGUGAAAAUAACAAUACUCAGCAUCGAUCCGGCAGUCGACCAGUGCAUGAAACGCACGAGGAAGUAUCCAACAUUUUCAAGCUCAUCUCGAACACCGACACCAGUCAAGAGGGUUUGGCGAAGUUAUACGAGUUUAAGUCUAGAUACUCAGACGUAGAUAUACUUCCAUUCCUGAAAGGAGCUAGUGUCAGUUUCCAAAAAUACAUAAUCGAUGGGCUGGCAGAACUGGACGCGAAAAGGCAUGGUACGGGUGAUAAUGAUAAAAAAGUGUUGGUAGGAAAUCGUGUGACACACUCGACUACAAAUCCAGAUUAUUGGAUGGAACGAUUAAAUUCACUUAUGACAAAAACUAACCAUACACCAAAUCAGCAAACCAGUACCGGCAACAGUCAGUUUUCGGACAACAAGAUCACGGACGAAAAUCUCAAUCUUAACCAGCUGCAACCGAAGGUCAAUUUGUUACGCAAAGAAGUAGGUGGGGGCUUAGGUUCUGGCUUAGGGCCAACACCUGGUGGUAAUGGUGGCGGUAGCGGAGGUAAUACCAGCAUUGUGAGCAAUAUUCCGUUGCAUCGACGAGAGUUGUUGGCGCAGAAGUUGGAGCAGCUAAAGCAGCAGAAGUAAAUAAGAGAACUCGAGCUGAAUUGCGUUUAGUUACUUGUUUCGGGAACCAAAACAUGGAAGACAAGAGAUAAGGCACAUUUAGUACUACAGGAAACAGGUAAACAUAUGAUCAAAGUUUGAAAGAUGUGAACUAGUCUAGCCAAUCACUCAUUGAACAAUCUUAACUGGUUAGAGUCACAAUUUUUUUUUACUUUGUAUAGACACUAUGAUACGAGCGAUAGGCUAUUUUCAGCAAAGCAAUUCUCGUUAAUAAGAAAACUAGAUUUUUUUAAAAUUUUGCAGUGAACCUGCUGUGUGUGUCACAUAUAUUGUUUUACUAAACCAGGACUAUUAAAAAUAGGCUGCAAAUAUGUUGAGAAAUGGCCUUAGAUAAUGAAAAAAAGUAAAUUAAUCAUGCGAAUGUUUUUUGUUGGGUUCGUAGUAUGUAAAAUAAUUUUAUGCAUCAUUCUUUAUUUAUUUUUAUUUCAUUGUUCUACUUAACAACACAGAAGAAGUGAAGCAUUAAUAAAAUCGUUUGAAAAGUUAUCAUUAUAGUAAGAUGAAAUCUUCACCAAACGCAGUCCAACAUAAUCCAAAAUAAUAAACUUUUAUAAUCAAACAGAUAUAUCCGUGCUUUGUCCCCAAGGCGCAACUCGUCACCUAUUAUUUAACAAAAUAAUUACUAAACCUUUAAACAUAAUUUUGUUUCUGAAUGAAAGUGCGUACCCCUGAGCUUCUUCGCAGCAGUUAUUGUUAAAAUUGAAUCACUUCAGACUGAUACAAAAGCAUACCAUUUCGAAUAGAGUUAAUUUAACAAUAAUAAUUACGACAAAUUAGUAUGUUUUGUGUAUGAACAGACAUUUUAGUAUUAUUCGAAUCUCUUACUACUUACUCUACGUAUGUCAACGGAAAGGUUUGUAUUGUAUAGAUAGUUCGUAAAAAAGCUAACAACCUGUAACGACAACUUGCUUGGAAAAUGGCAUACUACGAAAAUUUACAAUACUAUUGUUGCCCACGUUGUUACUGAGUAUAAUCUAAAACAAGUUUAUUGAUUUGUUAGAAAACCGUCGUUAUCAUCACUCGUUUUCGUUUCUUAACAUCAGUGUGAUCAGGUUUUCGAAUUGGGCUUAGACCAUAAUUAUGUUUGCGUUAUCUCAUUUUUCUUAAAAGUACCCGAAAUAGAGCAUGGGUAUCUACACUGAAAUAGUACUAUAUUUUAUAUUCACAAGUCGAAUAUAUUGAUUAGAUGACGAAUCAUCCGAAUAGAAACAGCAAGUGAAUGCUUAUUAGGAUUCAGAAAAGUUCUAAUUCCACGAAGAAUUGUGUUUUGUCCACGAUAAUUUCAUUCUGAAAAUAAUUCCUCAUGAAAUGUGAACUAAGUGUAUUAGAAUUCUUAAAUACCCAAAUAUUUGCAACAUCUGACAUUGUGAAAGCGGAAAAAUCGACCCAGAUUCAAAUAUAUAUAUUUAUUAAUAAAAUCAUUCAUGUUGAAUACACAGAUUUAGUAAUGAAAAUGUAAUAAAGACCAUACUAAUACUGUA